CUCAUCGCCGUAGUAAACCGUUAUGUGGAGCUCCGUAAACAAACUAAAACUGCUCAACUCUGCUGUCUGUUUCCGCUCCUGUUCUUAAAAAGUGAACAGAAACGUUCUCCUCUCUUCUUCGUCUCCUAAAAAUGGAACUGAGUGACUUUUACUUCUUCUUCUUCUUCUGUGGUUUUCCCCUGUUUUACGUUCCCCGGGCUACAGGCAGGCCUGUUCCAAUCAGCUUAACCGUAUUUGCCCGUCCUGGUGAGGACGUCGUUCUGCAGUGUAGCCCCACCUCAUUAGCGUCCCUGUCGUCUAACCUGGUAGUGGAGUGGUUAAGAGUUAAUGGCAGUACCCAGCUGAUUGUUCUCAUUCUGCGUGAUGGCAAAGAGCUGGUGAAGGAAAAAGCUCAGCAGUACGUCAAGAGGUCGGUGCCAACAGAAGAUUACUCUUUGAAGCUGCUUGAUGUGCGACCGGCAGACAACGGCACGUACAGGUGUGUCCUUCUGAAAGGAGCAAAAGAGGAACACAGUGAGUCUGUGUCUCUCAUUGUUGCUCAGGUGUCAGCAGUGAACAUUUCUACCUACACAAAUCCAUCCAGUGAGCUGAUAGUGGUCUGCCAGUCCAGCGGAUGGUACCCGGAGCCGCUGGUGUCUCUGCUGGACUCGGACAGAAAAGACCUUCACGCUGAAACGGAGUCUUCAGUCGGACCAGAUGGCCUGUUCUCCUUCAGGACGCUCCUUCAUGUGAACAGAGAACAAGCAACACUAACAGGAAAUGGGACAGUACUCUGCAGAGUGAAAAUCAGAGGAAUGGACCUGGUGGAGGAGAAAGCCAUUGAUGUCGGGGGAGGCUCCAUUCCUCAGACAGUAGGAUCUCAUCAGCUGGUCAGACACAGGUUUCUCAUCAUCUGUUCUCCUUUGCUGUUUGUUUUCAUCGUGUUCAUUGUUUGGAUGUUUUGGAGAAAGAAGAAGCAACCCUUGGAACAAAAUGACACAGGUGAUGGAUCAGGUGAUGGAUCAGAGUUGCAGAAACUGAGCCAGACGGAUGCAGGCGGAGGAGCAGCCAAUGAUGGUGCAGAAAUGGACAAUAAAGGUGAAGAAGUAGCAGAUGAAGGUGCAGAAGCUCUGGAUGAAAGUGCAAAAGUAUCUGUUACAGAAGCAAAAGAAGCAGAUGAAGCGUACGUAGACGUCAUGAAGAUGGAAACGACCGGAGCAUCUGGCAUAGCAAAAGCACGGAGACUGAGCGUUACAGGUGUUGAAGCGUCCCAUCGGCUGGCAGAAAAAGAUCUGGCUGAGAUGCUGAAGUACAGAGAGGUCAUCCUAGCCGUGGGAAAAGCACGCCACAUCCACCCUGCCCUCAUCGCCGCCAUCAUCUCUAGACAGUCUCAGGCGGGGACCAGCCUGCGCAGCGACGGCUUUGGAAAGUUUGACUCAGACAGCUUUGGUCUGAUGCAGAUCAAUAGGCAUUACCAUCCAAUAAAGGGCGGCCCGUUCAGCAGGGAGCACGUGGACCAGGGAGUGGCCCUCCUCUGUGCUCUGAUCCACAUCAUGAAGAGGGAGAACCAGGACUGGACCAGAGAGCAGCACAUCAAAGGUGCGUUGGCUUGCUACAUGGCAGGUGAGGACAAGGUCAUUGGUCUGAAGUACGAAGAUGUGGACAGCGUGACGCCGUACUGCGACUUCGCCAACGACGUGAUCGCCAGAGCGCAGUGGUUCGCUGUCCACGACUUCUAGAAGUCAGUGCCUCAUUUAUCGUUGGUUUUUCUAGAACAAAACUCUGCGUUCAAACUGUGGUCGCCUCGAAGGUGAGGCUCGUUCAGGUAGGAGGGUUUUACAUUUAGAGGGUAAAGCGUUUGUACAUCAAGUUUAUUUAAGUGUGUAGUUUUCUGGCCUCGUGCCAUACCUCAGACAUGGACUCGUAUCAUUUGUUCCUUUUAUUAAGCCGGUCUAAAACCAAACACAGGAAGUCUGUGUUCAAUAAUCAGCCCCAGAAAGACAAAGGAACCUGUUCUUUACAGAUACCCUCUCUGUGGACCCAUCAGUGAUCCUGUGAUCUCUCUUCUCCAGCUGGUCUGGGCUGAGCUUUCAGACGUGGAUCUGGUGGGUUAGAGCCAUACCGUUAGCUGAAUGUUAGCGUGGAUAUUCAAAUCUUUAGACUGUUUAUUCUCUGAAAAAAGCUUAAACUCAAUCAGCAGACUAGUCAUGAAAUAAGUAUUAUUUAUAACACCAAACUGGAUCAUAAAAGAGUCAUAAUUUAUUCAGUGGUCAGGUUUGGACACAGCUGUGUGAGAAUAAAUUUUUUAAUUGUUUUUGAAAAUUAGAAAAAAAACUUAAAUAUACUAAAAGAGGAUCAUCAGGGAGUUAGAGUUUGGUUUCAGUAGCAGCAGAUCCAAAAAUGUUACUUUUAAAAUGUUUAUUAUUUUUAAAUGUGGGGAGACUCAAAGUCCUGUAAAUGUAACCAUUAAUGUCUUCACUGUUAAAGGUGCAGUUAGCCUAGUAGCGUCCAGCAAAGCAAACUCGGCUAAAUGGAACAAUGAUAUAAUAACAAUAUAGAAAUAUCUACACUAGUGUUUAACCAGCUGGAUAUGUUAAAUAUCUUUUUUAGCUGAGGUUAAGCCUAUUACCCAUGCACAGGGAGGACCCCUUGGUUUUUUGUAUUCAGCAUGUUUUUGCAGCACCACAGAAGAGAGUUAAUAAUAAUAAAACUAUUUUUAUAUCAGGUGAUUAAAUACUAAUUUAGCUGAUCAUCUCCAGUUUCAGGCAGGGAUUUAACAAAAAUGUAAAAAUCCAGAUUUUUCAGAAAUUUUCAAAAGACUAAAAAAAUAAAAUUGAUAUUAAAAACUUAGAAUCUAGAUUUAAAUACAUUAAAACUUACACAACAAAAAUAAU